CCUGAAUGUUUUGGUACGGCAACAAACCAAAACGCUUACCAUGUUGUUUGGCUCGCGCACCAACUAUUUAUGACAGUUCCACAAUUCGCUGUUUUGUGUUUGGAGCGCUCGCCAACCUAGUUGUCUGGCUUACCAAAAGGAUAUAAAGCGUCGGAAUGGUUGGUAGCCCCGCAUAGCUGUGGUUGGUAAGCGUGUGAGUGAAAACCUGGUGAAAACGUAAACAAUUUCGUUCAUCAGCUGAUAACAUGUCUCAAGGAAGAGAGAAGUCCACGUCGCUAACCAGCGACCAGAAAAGCACGCUGGUUGAUCUAAUCAACCAGUUCAGUGUUGUACUUGAUAAAAGUGGCAAUUACUCAAUGAUUGCAAAAAAACAGGAAGCUUGGGAGACAAUCACCAAGAAAUUCAAUGCAGUGCAUCCCUUCGCUGAGAAAAAAACUUCACUGCAGCUGAAGAGAGCCUGGGGAUACCUCAGAAAUAAGGUGAAGGUGGAAUAUGCAAGUUAUACGAAGAAAAAGUUUGCAACUGGAGGUGGUCCUCCACCUUCACCACCCAAAUUAAGUCCUUUGUUGGAGGCAACGGCAAAUCUGAUUUCAGAGGAACUUGAAUUGGCAGAGUUCCAGUAUGACAGUUCCUGUCGUGAUGUGCCUCUGCCAACAAAUCCAUUACCUGAGGCACCCAAAUCACCGUCACCUCAGCCUUUACAUCCAUCGUCACCUUUACUGGUCUUGCAUGAAGAAGAUUAUGACUUCUAG